CUGAGCCUUCACAGAUAGGGGGCAGGGCGGGGCUUCGGCUUGUGUAGUACGUGUGCUUCACAGCCAGCAGUUAGCCUGCGGUCGGUAAGCUAAGGAGUUGAAGUUAGAAUCAUGGUGCUGCUUGAGAAUGACUCGUUUCUCACAGAGCUCACACGUCUCUUCCAGAAGUGCAGAACAUCUGGCAGUGUUGUCAUCACACUAAAAAAAUAUGAUGGGAGGACUAAGCCGUUGCCCAGAAAAGGCCACUCUGAGUCAUUUGAACCAGCAGACAACAAAUGUCUCAUCAGAGCAUCUGAUGGCAAGAAGAAAAUAAGCACAGUGGUCAGCACCAAAGAAGUAAUCAAGUUUCAGAUGGCAUACUCCAACCUCCUCAGAGCUCACAUGGAUGGACUUAAGAAGAAAGAUAAGAAAAGCAAAAGCAAGAAAACCAAAGCCACCCAAUGAGCAACAGACUCUUUAACAUAACCAUGGGUACCUAAAGUGGCCUGUACUGGGGGAAUGGGAAAGGCCCCACCCGGAUUUCUUCCCAUUUGCCUGAGGCCUCAGAAUCACUGUUCAUCCACCUGGUGACUGCUCUGAUAUUAUGCCAUUGUUUGCAUGGUAAUUUCUCAUCCCUGGCUGGUCAGUGCCAUCGGUGAUUUGGACCAGAAAACCUGAGGAUUUCUCACAACUCCUACGGGACGAAGCGAGUCAACUUAAUUGAAUUUCUAUUGUUUCUGCUUCGGAACCAGGUCCUCAACAGCUGUGUCACCUCUGGAGCCAGAAUGCAUGGACCCCAAUGAUUAGCUGCCUUUCAUACUAUUUAAUUAUUAGAGUCCCUAUUUAUGUUUUGUUUCUGCCGUGGGUCAAUUCGACAGCAUCUCAAGAAGAAUAUGUAGUAUUCCAGUCAUUGGAAGUUUUUGAUUUUUUUUUUUUUGGGGGGGGGGGGUUGUUUUUUAAUAAUUAUUAAAAAUCUUUGAAAUUACUUAAAAUUGCUUGGAAAUACAAAACUAAAUCAGAUCAUUUGAUGUAUUUUUAACCAAUUUUACAGUAUUAAACUUUUUUUUUUUAAUUUACUAUGUUUUAGUUUACCUUUUUGAAGUUCUAUGAAUAUUAUUUUGCGCCCUUGUCUUGGUUCCAUACCAAGGUGUUGAACUGUCGGUCUUAAAAUGUGUACUGUAUGGCUGCAGCCAAUGUGGGUAUUUGAAAUGUGAAUGAGUUAAAUGGCCCCAAAAAUGUUAAAAGUUGUAGGUUUACUGAAAGGCAUCGAGUUUGAGUUAUAAACACAAAGCAUUGGCUGUAAUUCUAAUAUCAUUUCUGUUAAUCACAAUUACAAGGCAGGUUUAACUACAGCCAGUAUAUUUUGUCAACUGUCUUGUCAUGCUCCUGAGUCCUGCAGCAGAGUUUAAGUUCAGAAAUAAAGUGCUUUGUUCAAAGUCA